AUGCCUUCAGUUUUUAUUCUGGUUUCCAUGACCAUAUUGGGUGCAAGCACAGUCAUGGGGGUGCUCACCAACUCUCUUAUACUGGCUGUAAACAUCAUAGACAAAGUAAGGGGUAAGGCUCUCAGCCCAUCUGACCUCAUCCUGGUCACUAUGAGUGCAUCCAAUGUUUUAUUUCAAUUCAUAAUGCUGGCAAAUGACUUCCUGAGCUUCCUGGAGAGUGAUCUCUAUUUCUCUGAUGAGAUCUAUACUUUGUUCACUGUCCUGUUAAAUCUUCCCAUCUACUCCAGCUUCUGGUUCACUGUUUGCCUUUCCAUCAACUACUGUUUGCAGAUUGUCAUAUUCACCAAUCCACUUCUCAUCCGAAUGAAAUUUGCAGUCUCCCAGUUGGUCCCACAGCUUCUUAUGGCCUCAGUUCUCAUGGCAAUAGCAACUGGUGUGCCUGCAGCCUGGAACUUGUACAGGGAUCCUGAAAAUGCCAAUAUGUCAAGUAAUCUGAGUGAGGAAAUCUCUGUUCCCAAAUUAAAUGUUGCAUAUCUGCUCCCAUGUAAUGUUAUGAGCUGUUCUCUUCCUUUACUCCUAGUAGGAAUCACAAAUGGAGUCAUCAUCAAUUCUCUUGUGACUCACAAGUCUGAUAGGAAUGCAAAUGGUGACCUCAGUCCAAGAGCACAAGGACGAGUGCGGGCAGCAAGGACAAUAAGUUGUCUUCUCAUCAUAUAUAUAUCCUUCUAUAUUUCAGAAGUCCUAAUGUUUAUAGAUGUCUUUCCUCCCAGCAGCCCUGGAUUCUGUAUUUGUUUGAUGGUCAUUUAUAGUUAUUCUCCUGCACAAUCUAUUGUUCUUAUUUUUGGAAGCCCUAAACUGAAACAUGUAUAUUCCAAUUUAUUCAGUGGUGUACAUGGUUUUAAAGGAAAACCAAGGAAAUCAACUGUCUUGUUCAUUAAGCUCAGUCUUUGA